AUGCUGAAGUUCAAGGAUGGGAGCAGGCGUACAGUGACACUGACGCCCAAGUCCACAACCACUGUGGGCACCUGGAUCCUGUCGUCCACCACUGCCAGUGGCACAACACAGGCCUCCUACACCGAUCCCUCCACUGGCAAGACCACCAACUCCGUGGCCGAGGUCAUCGAGCCGGUCAUGUACACCUUCACCAAGGUCAUGACCUCCAGGACGCUCGUCUGGCAGGAGAUGCUGACCCCCGCUGAGGCCACCACCGUCUCCAAGAUCACCGGCGUAGGGAUGCUUCCCGGCGGCAGCAAGACGCCCCAGUGCAGUGCCGGCGCAGGCUCUGUGCAGGCUGAGACGCCAUGA